UCCACUCUUCGAGUUCUUAUCAGCAACUCUUUCUCAGCUUCCACAGGUUCCAACAGAAAAUGAUGAAAGUAGUGCUGAAGGUGGAGUUAUACGAUGACAGAGUCAAGAAGAAAGCUAUGAAGGCUGUCUCUGGCAUUCCAGGAGUUGAGUCAAUAUCAGCGAACAUGGAGGAAAAAACGAUGACUUUGAUUGGGCAUAUGGAUCCUGUGAAUGCAGUGGGGAAGCUGAAGAAGCUGUCUCACACAGAGAUAGUGUCAGUGGGACCAGCCAAAGAGGAGAAGAAGAAGGAAGAACCUAAUAAGAAAGAGGAAAAGCCAGAUGAUCCAAAGAUAGUUAACGUGCCCUGUGAUGUGUCUACAUGCUGCAAUUAUUAUUGUGUCUCCUGCAAUUGUUAUCCUCCGAUACCCCACCAACACUGCUACAUGAUGGAAGGAAAUCCUGAUCCCUGCGUCAUCUGCUAAUUAACCACGUUUUGAUUAAGUGUUUCCAUGAAAACAAUGUCACCAACAAAAUAAUGCACAUGCUGGUUAUUAACAGUGUUACUGGUUCGCUGGUUAAAAAAACAGUGCACUGGUUUAAUAUUAUAUUUAGUUAUCUUUUCAUGCUCCUUGAUUUUGGGCCUAUUCCAUGUAUAAUUAAGAUAUUGAAAACGUGACGUGUUAUUUAAUCAACCAAGGCACUGGUUAAAGGAUUACUGAUUAAAAUCGUUGUCGAAUUGUUGUUCAAUUA